GUUGCAUCACCCUUGGCUGGUGUUCUAGUUAUUAACUACGAUCGCCCUACUGUUCUUGCAAUGGGCACCCUGUGCUGGGCCUUCUCAACAGCUGCAGUAGGUGUGAGCCAGUAUUUUGGGCAAGUUGCAUUCUGGAGAGCAGUAAAUGGCUUGGGACUGGCAAUUGUAAUACCGGCUCUUCAGUCUUACAUUGCUGAUAGCUAUAAAGCUGGUAUGAGGGGGAUUGGAUUUGGGUUUCUAAAUCUUAUUGGUUCAGUGGGUGGCAUAGGAGGUGGAGUUCUUGCUACAGUUAUGGCUGGUUAUGACUUUUGGGGCAUACCUGGAUGGCGUUGUGCCUUCAUUAUGAUGGCAACACUGAGUUCCUUAAUUGCUGUCCUUGUGUAUUUGUUUGUUGUUGACCCAAGAGACAUAAUUGAUCGUGGUAUCGGUGACAGUUCUGAAAAGAAUGAUUUGCUAGAUAAGGGCAAUGGCAGUACGGCAUCAGUUUGGGUGGAGUCCUGGACGGCCAUGAAAGCUGUCAUGAGAGUGCGAACUUUUCAGUUCAUUGUCUUGCAGGGUGUCGUUGGUUCACUGCCUUGGACGGCCAUCGUGUUCUUCACAUUUUGGUUCGAACUAAUGGGUUUUGAUCACAACAGUACGGCUGCUAUCAAUAGUCUUUUUGGCGCUGGAUGUGCCAUGGGAUCCUUUAUUGGUGGAUUAGUAGCAGAUCGAAUGUCACUCAUCUACCCUCAUUCAGGACGUAUCAUGUGUGCACAGUUCAGUGCUUUCAUGGGCAUCCCAUUCUCAUGGUUCCUUCUUAGAGUAAUCCCACAGUCAGUGAGCAGCUAUUUAACAUUUGCUGCCACCAUCUUUAUAAUGGGCCUUACCAUCAGCUGGUGUGCCACUGCAGCAAAUGGUCCCAUGUUCGCUGAGGUUGUACCUGCCAAACAUCGGACCAUGAUCUAUGCAUUUGAUCGUGCUUUCGAAGUAUCCUUCUCUUCUUUCGCUGCUCCUCUUGUUGGAAUUCUUUCGGAGAGAAUAUAUGGCUAUGAUCCAAAGACUGUUGAUCCAGUUUCAGGGUCUGCACGAGAGGCCUUAGCAUUAUCAAGAGGGCUUUUUGCCAUGAUGGCAGUUCCAUUUGGGUUGUGUUGCUUGUUUUACACGCCUUUGUAUCGGUAUUUCAAGCGAGAUCGCGAGAACACCAGACUAGCCAGUUUAAAAGAAGCAGAUAUGAUAUGAUACACAUUAUUUCCGGUGUAGGCAUAUUAUUUGAUUUUAGACAUUGGGGUUUCAUUUUCUUCAGAUAUCAGUGUACUCACAGAGCUGUCAGCCACAUUGUAUACCGACAGGUUUUCAAGCAUGUUUUUUGGGUUUUCUUUCAGGUAGAUCCUCUUUUUGCCUUGACAUAGAAAACUUUGUAUCAGAAGCCUUUUCAAUUGCUUUGAAACUAGUUUUGUGACUCAUUCUUUGAUGGUGAUGCAACUCCAAGUGUUGCUUCAAAAGUUUUUUUUUUUCCCCUCUUUUUGAACUGGUG